AACGCGCAGCUUGUGGAGUUGUGUUGGUGGCGGUUGGUUUUGUUUGGACUUCUCUCGAUCACCAAAGUUGUCGCCACGAUUCCUGCUCUGUGUGUGUGAAGUCUUGAUGCAGGUUUUUCCCACGCAGCUGUCCAAAGCUGAACCUGCAGAAGAACCAUGAGCAGUCCACUGAGCCCUUCUCCAACCAGAUGGUUCAAAACGCUGCGCAGGACCAGGCUGGGGGAGCCGUGCUUGAAGACGUACCUGUUGGAGAGUGUGGAUUUGCUGAGAAGGGCCAGAGUUGCCUUUCAAGCUGGACACACCCUCAAGGAGAACUUCAGACUGGCUCAGCUGCAGGCUGUGGUGCAGAUGCUGGAGGAACAUGAAUGUGACUUUGUGGACGCUCUUGGAAGGGAUCUCCAUAAGCCACGGUUUGAGACAGUUGUGUCAGAACUGCUGCUUGUCAAGAAUGAGGCACUUUAUGCCAUCAACAACCUUAGGAAGUGGAUGCAGCCGCAGCAUGUGGAAAGAAACCUGUCCACCUCAUUGGACGAGUGUGUGGUGGUGAGGGAGCCUCUGGGUGUGGUGAUCAUCAUGGGGUACUGGUGCAGUCCUGUCCAAAUGUGUAUGGUGCCACUAGUGGGGGCCAUUGCUGCAGGAAACUGUGCGAUCAUCAGUCCCUCCGAGUGCACUGCUCACACAUCAGAGCUUCUCCAUCGUCUAAUCCCUUUAUAUUUGGAUAAUGAAUGCUUCCAUGUGAUUAUUGCGGGUCUAAGUGACUUGCCUCAAGUUAUAGAGCUCAAAUUUGACCAUGUCUUCUUUACAGGAACUAAAGAGGAAGGAAGCAAAAUAGCUCAGGCUGCAGCUCGCACUCUUACCCCCGUCACCCUGAUUUUGAGAGGCAAGAACCCGUGUUAUGUGGACCAACAUUGUGAUAUCGCUACCACUGCACAGCGAAUCACCUGGGCUAGUUUCCACAAUGCUGGACAGAGCAUGGUGGCUCCAGACUACAUCCUGUGCCAUGUGGAUGUCAAAACACGGUUGGUGCAAGCCCUCAAGAGCUGCCUGGGGCAGUUCUAUGGCUGUGCUCCCCAAGAGUCCCGCAGCUUUGGUCGCAUGGUCAGUGUGGAUGCGUUCAAUCACACGAGAGACAUGCUGUGGAGAUCUGGCAAGGUGGCCGUGGGUGGACAGGUGAUAGAAGCAGAGAAGUAUAUUGCCCCAACAAUUUUGACAGAAGUGGCCGAAUCAGACGCCAUUAUGCAACAGGAUAUUCUUGGCCCAGUUCUUCCCAUUCUGACCGUAAACAAUGUGGAUGAGGCAAUUGCAUCCAUCAAGAGGCAAGAGAAACCCCUCUGUGUGUACGCAUAUUCCAGCAACAGUAAGGUGAUUUCAAGGCUAAUGAAUGAAACCUCCAGCGGUAGCUUCUGCUCCAAUGACAGCGUCCUGCAGAGUCUAAUGGUGGCUCUGCCUUUUGGUGGAGUAGGUGCCAGUGGGAUGGGUUCUUGCCAUGGACACUACAGCUUUGACACCUUCUCUCACAAGAAAUCAUGCCUGCUAAGAAGCACACGGUUUGAAUGCGUCACCUACCUGCGUUAUCCACCCUAUGAGGAGCGCAAUCUAUCUCUUAUGUCAUGGGCCAGUGGCCUUUCCCAGAAGAGCCAGGGCUGGUGUCAGAUCCUGUGACUAUGUGGGACAGUUGUCAUGGUGAAAGACUAACCAGCACGCUCUACAAUGAUCGUGGAGUGGCGAUAUUGGAGCCUACAUCCUGUAAAAUGCACUGUAUCUGCAAUGACAUGGGAAAAAUACACUUGCACACUAUCUUUCUGGCCAAUUUGAAAUGUAUCUUUAAAAUGAAUAAAUGGAACAUGAAAACCUUGUCCA